AUGAAGAGAAAUGAUGAAAAAAGGAAUAACAUUAGCUUAAAUUGUAAAGUAGGUAUAAAUAUUCAGAAAAAUAUAAGCAAGCAUCUCAUUACAUCAAAAGGGAAACAUAAUUUACAAAGAUAUAGAAGAUGUAAAAACGAAUUUAAAGAAAAUUUAGAAUAUACAAAAAUUAAAAAUAAUGUGAAAAACGAGACACAUAUAAAAAAUGGAUUAACCAGAAGUUCAAAAAACUUUGUACUUAAGGAAGAUAUACUAAAUGAAAAUAAUAUAAAUAAUAAAUAUUCCAUUAACAAGAUAAUGAAAGAAGAAAAUAUAGAAAACGCCAAAGAAAAACAUAAUUAUAAAAUUUUUAAAAAGGAUAGAGUAUUUAAUUAUAAAAAGUAUUAUGAAAGAGUAAAUCAGUGGAAGGAAAAGAGAUGUACCUUCACUAAUUGUGGGAAUAAAAUAAAAAAAAAAGAAAUAGGAUUAGAAAAUAAAAAAAAAGGUUUAAGUAAAAUAUUAAAAUAUACUGAACCAAAAAAGAAUACAAAAAGAAAAUAUGAUAAAUAUGAGAACUCAUAUAAACAAAAAACUACAAAUAAUAUCAGAAAUUAUUUAAAUGAAAUACAGAUUAAAAAAAAGAGUACAAGAUAUUUACAAAAUGAAAAAAAUAUUAAGAAUAAUGUAAAUUAUAAUCAUAACAAAAGAAAUAACGAAAUUUUAUACAACAAGAAAAAAGAUAAAAAAGUUGUUCAUAUAUCUAAUGGUGACAAUUUUCAAGAUAACAAUAAUGAUAAUAAAAAUAAUAGAGUUUGUGACAAUUAUAUAAAUUUUAGUUGUAAUAAUAAUAGAAAUUAUAGCAAAUCUCACAACAAUAUUAUUCCUUUGAAAUUAAGCAGCAAUAAAAUAAGAAUUACAAAUAAAAACACAAUAAGUAGAUAUAGUAUAGACAAACUCAAAUCAAAUGAAACUAUAUUAGAAAAUGCAGAAAAGAAUAUAUGUUCAAAUAAAACAAUAAUAAAUAGUUUUGAUUAUAUUGAUUCUUUUAAUAAUUUUUCAACUAAUCCUACUUUCCUCGUCAAAUCUAAUGAAACUAUUUUCCAUGCUCCCUUAAAAAGCAAUUUAAUUAAUCUUGAAAAUAAAUCAAAAUUUAAUUUAUUUAAUAAAAAAUACAUGGAACAAGGUUAUAAAAAUUAUAGUACAAAAGUAAGAACUAUUCCUAAUUUGAAUAUUUUAUAUCCUUUACAAAAAGACGAUAACGAAAAAAUACAAAAAAAUCAAAAAGAUAAUUAUUCUAAAGACAUAAUAAAAAAUGAAUAUUUAGAUACUAGUUGUAAAAUGGAAAUACUAAAAUGUACAAAUGAUAUAAAUAUAACAAAUAUGAAAAUUAAAUUAAAAAAAGAAACAAAAAAAAGUGUAAGCAUGGAAAAUUGUAAAAGUUCUUAUAAUUAUCAUAAAGAGAACUGCUUAACAAGUUUCCUUAGUGACAAGGAAAUGAAUAAAAGAAAAAAGAAAUUAUUAAAUAAUGUUAAAACCAGUAUAUAUAAUGAAAGGAAUAUUUUAAAAAAAAAUGAUAUAUUAUGUAAUUAUGAUAAUAAUUUUCUAAUUAAAAAUGAUUUAGAGAAUAAUAAUAAAAAAUAUAGUUACAAACAAUUAUAUACCUCAAAAAAUAAUAUUUCGUCUAUUUUGAAUAUAAAAAAUCCUUUCAUAUGUGUAUACGAAAAUGUAAAAUAUUUUGAUGAUAUUAUAGUUGAUAAGAAAGAAUCAAAUAAAGAAAAGAGUUCUCGCACUUUUAAUAGUAUAACUUUAUGUAAUAAAAAUAAAUAUAUAUCAGAAAAUAGAGUAAAUAAUUACUCAUUUAUGAAGACUAAUAAAAUUGAAAAAAAAAACAUUAAAAAUAAUGAAGUAAUGAAAAUUGAAACAGAUAAAAUAUAUUCCAAUGAAAAUUAUUCUUUUAAUAAUAAUAUUCAAAUAAAGAAAAAUCCUUUUAAAAAUUUAAAUUUGGAUAUAGAAAAUUACAAAAUGAAACAUGAAAUAUUAGACCACAAAAAGUAUGGUAAAAAAAAUUUCAAAAAUAAAAAAUAUUUUAAAAGAUUUAACAGAUUCCAUAAAAAAAAAAAAGAAAAAAAUUUAAUUAUGCUAGAAAAUAUGCAUGAUAUAAAAGAGAAAAAAUUAUAUUCUGAUAAUAAUUAUAGGUCUUUAGAAUUAGACAAUGAAAUAUUAAAUAUUAAUAAACAUAAAAAACUAGUUCAUAUAAAAGAAAAAGACAUAAAGAGAAAUUUUGAUAUAUUUUUGUGUUUAUUUAUGAAACAUGAAAAAAACGAGUCUUUUCUUUUUUGCUUAAUAUUUGACGAAGAAUUGACGAAAUAUUCUUUUUUUUAUCAUAACCAUAUAAAACCAAUUUUAGAUGAUUAUAAAAAAUCAAAAUUCGAAAAAUUAAAAAAGGAAGAUAGAAAUUCAACAUUUAGAGAUUAUAAUUGUAUAAGUUUAAAUAAAAUAAUAGUAGAAAUUAUGAUUCCUACAAUAAAAAAUAAUUACUUAAAAUAUAUAAAUGAGCUAUAUAAUAAAAAAGAAAGUGAUGUUGAGAUCAGUUCUUCAGAUGAAUUACAAAGAGAAAUAAGAGAAAUUAAUAAAGAGAUAAAAAAUUUGGAAAUAAAGUCUCUUGAUAAGCAUACAAAAGAAUUACCAAUCAGAACUGUUAAUAAUUACGAAAAAAAAAUAAAAUUAAUUGAAAAACCAAAGUGGAGUAAGGAAAAGAAUUUAAAAAAACUAUUAAGGAAACAACAAAAUUAUAAUCCUUUUACUAUUUUUGGUACAAGUAUAAAAGAAGUAAAUCUAGAAGAAAUAUUUACUUUGGAAGUAUAUAAUCAUUAUGUUACCAAUGAAGAUAGAUUUCAAAACAGAAUAUUACAUGAAUUAUAUGUUGGGAAUUAUAUAAAAAAUUUGUAUCAGAAAAUUAAUUAUGAUGAGUGGUAUUAUGUUUUAGAUUCUCUAAAGAAAAAUUGGAAAUAUUUUGCUAAUCUUGAAUGUAACAUGCUUUUAGAUCCACUAUUAUUAGAAGAAAUUUUGUGGUAUAUAGAUAAUAAUAAGAUGUACAAGGACAAAAGCAAGGAAAUGUAUAUUUAUGAAACUUGCUUUUGCCCUACUCCUGAUCCAUGUAAAGAAAUAAAUUUAAAUGAUACAAAGAAUUUUUACAAUUCUAUGGCUAAUAAAUACACUUCUCACAAAGAAAUGAAAUAUAAAAAAUUAUCAUUGCAUGAAGGGACUUCAUAUUCCAAUAAUUUAAUAUUUAAAUAUGAUGAGAUGAAUAGAGAAUAUAAGUCAUCAUAUAUAAAAAAAAAAAAAGUAUUAACAAAAGAAAAUUUAUCUUUCAAUAUACCUAGGCCAUCUAGUGCAAUAUAUUAUGAUUCAGAAUUUUUUCAGAAAAAACUAAAAAAGCAUAUUUUUACGAAAAAAAUGAAAACUAAUAAUCAUUAUAAUGUAGAUUCACCAAAGUGUGAGGAAGACACCUAUCUUCUAAAGUUUAAAUCAAAUAAAUGGAUUUCUCAAAAUUUUUUCGAUAAUUUUUUUUUUAAUUAUUAUUUAUAUAAUUUCACUAGAACUAAUCGUAAGUACAAUUCUGUAAUUUAA